AUAGAAAUGAAACGUAUCAACACUCAUAGAGAAACUGGGUGUAUCUGGAAGAACUGAACUUGAAGUUUUGGAUAAAGUGGAGCCUCUAACGGGAAAUCGUGUCAUAUAAAAGACUUACAGAGUCACCUUCUUCCAUGAAGAUAUAGAUAUAAAACAUGACAGAUCAAUAAAUAAACGCAUAAAUAAAUACAAACUGCUUUUUGCUGCUUCAGUGAGUCCAGGCAUCGACCCAAAUCAGGUCUGUGAGCAGGAAGUUGGAUUUGGACAACAAAGAGAAGGUGUUGUAUGUAGAUCCAGAGUGAUAUUUAUUUAAAAACAAAAACAAACCUGUUAUGCUUUCAACCAAGCUUAUAGAUUUAAUGAUGUGCAUAGUUAUACAGCCAGGUUAUUGCAAAUGUCUUACUUUACAUUUCUCCCUCAAACAGAAAUAAUCUUUAUUUUUUAGUUGCAUUAUACAUAAAAAAGACCAACAAAAAAAAUUUGAGUUCAAAAAGUAGAAAAAAAGUCCCGAAAAUCUAUAAAAUUGAUUAUUCUCAGAAGGUUUCUAGAAAAAAUAUGAAAAGAAUCUAAGAAAUUCAGAGAUUUUUCAAGAAAAUUGAGAUUUUUGCAGGAAAUGUGCUCAUUUUUUCCCUAACUACUGUGGCGCUGAUUGUUUCCUUUUCAAGAGAUGAAACCGAAAAGACACAAAAAACAGAAACAAACACACAAACACAAAGCCCCGCUACAAUAACCUAAAUCAGCCUGAGCAUCAUCACAGCUGUAUGUUGACACCUCGCCUCAUGCUGGCGGCUCCUCGCUCUCAGGGACUCACGGCCUCCGCCUAUCGGAGGCUCGCGCUUCCUCGGUUGUCUCCCCGCGCCUGCGCGCAUUGGCUGCCUCGCGCGUCAGUCUCGCUGAGUGGGCGGAGCCGCGCGCACAGGGUGGAAGGAGGAGUGGCGCCCGAGAGGCGGCGCGAGCGCCUGUCAGUUGUGUUCUCGUCCUCUUCAAAAGUCGGCUGUUUGUUGCUGUGACUGAAAAUCAGACGGACGCGCGGCGACGCACGAGCGAGUCGGUCCAUCCGCCGCGCCACGCCGAGAGCCCGGUCCCUCGUGCACUCUGACACCAAAGGACGUGUUCCGGGCACGGAGCGGCUCGGUUUCGGGUAGCCCUGGUAACCUGGUGGACAACGUUGGAUCGGGAGAUUUCCUCCGCUGCAGCAGCUGCUGGUUGCUUUACGCACGUCUGGAUGCCUUGACCGCUUCCAGGGAACCGGGAUUCAGGAGCAGCGCUGGAGACGCGAGGACUUGUUGCGCGUCUUCAGGGGAGCGCACCGGUCGGUCCCCCUUCCUGAACCUCAACCUGCAUGUGAUGCUCGGGGCUGUAGAUGCGCCACGGAGCGCGCUAACACAACCAGCCUAAAGUCAGCGUGGACUUCAACUCUGGAACUAUGAAAUCCUGCUUAUAAAUAGUCAAAUUGAGUUGAGCAGUGUGCGUCAGGCUGACAGAGCCGCUCCUCUUUUAAAUGGCAUCCCCGAACAAGGGCACCAAACUUUCUCCGAUCCCGUAAAAUUGCUUCACUUUCUCCCUCGAGCCCGCUUGUUCUAAACUGACCCCCCCAAACCCAGUCUCCCAGCCCUCUGAGCGCUGACAUGUCGGAGCGUGACGGAUGUGGAGACGGGCUGUACGGCGACGGGGCGCCGGACUUCAUCCCGCCGAGAGUGUCCCGUGGCCGGCGGAGCGGUGUCGUCCUCCCCGGAGGAGGCGGCGGCGGCCAGGACUCGGACACCAUCCUGCUGGAGUCCGUGAAGACAGCACCGCGCCGCAGCAGCAUCAUCAAGGACCCGUCGGUGCAGAAGGUGGGCGGAGGUAGGAAGAAGACGGUGUCCUUCAGCAGCAUGCCCUCUGAGAAAAAGGUGAGCAGUGCAGCGGACUGCUUGGCUUUCAUGCAAGGUGGGUGUGAGCUGAAGAAGAUUCGACCCAAUUGCAGGAUCUACUCUCGCUUCUACACCUUGGAUACAGACCUGAGCUGCCUGCGCUGGGAGCCGUCCAAAAAAGACUCGGAGCGGGCCAGACUGGACGUGUCCAAUAUCAGGGAGGUCCGUACUGGAAAAAGCACAGAGACGUUUCUUCAUACCGGUCCUCUGUCUGAACACCUGGCAGAGGAAGCUGCAUUCUCCAUCAUUCAUGGAGACGAGUACCAGUCUCUAGAUUUGGUGGCAUUGUCAGCUGAUGUGGCCAACAUCUGGGUGACGGGCUUGCGGUACCUUCUCGCCCACCCUUCGAUCAUCGGCGGGGCUGGCGGAGGGUGUGGGGUAGUGGGAGGAGGGCCGGGCGAUGGAGGCGGUGUGGCGGUAGAAGGCAGUCUGGGAAGCAAGAUGAGGAGCGAGUGGCUGGCAGCAGAGUUCGCGCUGGUUGACGAGGAUGGCUAUGGGAUCGUAUCAGAGGAUGUGGCCGUCACCACAGUCUGCAAGUUGUGCCCUGGCAUCAAGGAGGCCAAGGUCCGCCUGCGAUUUAAGGAGAUCCAGCGGAGCAAAGAGAAGCUCACCUCCCAUGUGACGCGGGAGGAAUUCCAGGAGGCCUUCUGUGAGCUCUGCACUCGACCCGACGUUUACUUUCUGCUGGUUCAGCUGUCCCAGGACCGCGAGUGCCUGGACCCUCAGGACCUCCGCCUCUUCUUGGAGACGGAGCAGGGCUUGUCCCUGGCUACAACCGAGGGCUGCUGGGAGCUGCUGAGGCGCUACGAGCCGUCGGCGCAGGGCCGGGAGCGCGGCCUGCUGGGCCUGGACGGGUUCGCACGCUACCUGCAGUCGCCCGAGUGUCAGCUUCUGGACCCCGAACACCUGGGCGUCUGCCAGGACAUGAACCUGCCCCUGUCACACUAUUACAUCAGUACUUCAUACCGCUCCUACCUGCUGGAUGACCAGGUCCACGGCAGAGCUGACCUUGGCGGCCUCAUCAAGGCCCUGCAGUCCGGCUGCCGGUGCUUGGAGCUGGGUGUGACCGAUGGCCCCGAGGGCGAGCCUCUGCUCGGGGUCGACUAUGGGCCCGACAUCUCUCACCACCAUCAUCACCACCACCACCAUGCGCCUGUUACCAUUCGCUCUGCACUGGAGGUAGUCAAUAAAUAUGCCUUCCUGACUUCCCAGUACCCUUUGCUGCUGUACCUGUGUCACCGGUGCUCCCCGGGUCAGCAACGCACCAUGGCCCACCACCUGAAGAAGGUGUUCGGGUCCCGGCUUUACACCCCUGAUGCCCAGCAUGUGAGUCUGGGAGGGCGGGCCACGACUCUGCCCUCCCCCGAGCAACUGAAGGGGAGGAUCCUCCUAGUGGGGAAGAAGCUCCCUCCAGAGGAGGAGGGCUCUGAUGGGGAGGUGUCUGAGGAGGACGAGGAGAUCGGAGGGGGCGGGCCCCUGGCAGGAAGAAGGAUGACCAUCCCUGGGGAGGAGGAACUGGGCGUGGUCUUGGUGGUCCCACCUCCUUCCCAGCCCAGAAAGCUCAGCCUCCACAGGGAGCUGUCGGACCUGGUGGCUAUUGUCCGGACCAGCAGCCGCAGCUUCUACACCCAGAGGGGAAGUUACAAGCAGACCCAGCAGCAAUCCCCCACCAGCAGUCCCUCAUCCCCCGGCUCGCCCGUCUCCCCGGAGCUGCCUUACUGGACGAUGUGCUCCCUGGGCGAGGGAGAGGCCGGGCGGCUAACCAGCGAGAGCCCGGAGGACCUGGUGGUGUUCACCAAGCGCACCCUGACCAGGGUACGGCCCAGCUCAGUGCGCCUGGACUCCAGCAACCCCAACCCGCAGGGAUACUGGAAGGGAGGGGUCCAGCUCGUGGCCUUGAACCAGCAGACUCCAGGCGCCAUGCUGGACCUUCACCGGGGCCGCUUCACUCAGAACGGGGGGAGUGGCUACGUCCUCCGGCCCGCCGUGAUGAGGGACGAGGUGUCGUACUUCAGCGCCCACACACACGGCUGCGUGCCAGGAGUCCCGCCUCAGACUCUGCGCGUUAAGGUGAUCAGUGCCCACAAUCUGCCCAAGCCUCAAGGGUCAGGGGCCAAGGGUGAGGUCAUUGACCCGUAUGUUGUGCUGGAGCUGCACGGGGUCCCGGCUGACUGUGCAGAGCAGCGGACACGCACUGCCGCUCAGAACCAGGACGAGCCCAUGUUUGACGAGACCUUUGAGUUCCAGGUCAACAUGCCUGAGCUGGCCUUGCUGCGCUUCGUGGUGCUAGACGACGACUACAUCGGAGACGAUUUCAUCGGCCAGUACAGCGUGGCCUUCGAGUGCCUUCAGCCGGGGUACCGUAACGUGCCCCUGCUGGGCCUGGCGGGAGACCCCUUACCACACACCAGCCUUUUUGUUCACGUGGCUAUCACCAACCGGCGAGGCGGAGGGAAGGCCCAGCGGCGGGGCCUGUCGGUGCGCAGGGUGGGCCGGCGAGGGAGGGAGUACGUCUCUCUGCGUCACACCGGCAUCAAAACUCUGGAUGAGGUUUUCAAACAGGCCGGCGGACCCCUAAAGGAGGCCACGGACUUACGAGAGGAUGCUCAGUGCUCCACCGCCGGUUUCAAGGACCAGUGUGGGCUCCCCACUGUGGCCAAACUGAAGCAGUGCAUCCAGAGUCUGGCAACAAGGCUCCAGAGCCCCGACGGGGCAAUGGGGGCCACCAUGGUGCUGAGGGAGGGUUACCCCUGUCUGGAGCCUCAGGUCAGCCUGUCUGAGGCGAUUCGGAAGCUUCUCUCUGCCUACGACACGAUGAUCUCCGCCCAGAAGCAGCUGAUUGAGAACGCAGACGGUGUUCAGGAGAGGAUCGACCAGGUGCACAGGGAAGGAAUGGAGCUCCAUGAGGAUCUGUCCCGGCUCUGUGAGAAGGAGGGGCUGAAGGGACGCAAGCUGAACAAGGCAGUGGAGAGUUUCACCUGGAACAUCACCGUGCUUAAGGGUCAGAGCGACCUGCUGCGUGGAGCUAAGAUGGACUCCCUGGACGCCCUGCGGCAGCUGGCUCUGGCCUGCGAAGCCUGCGGACUCACCUCCUCCUCCUCCAACUCCUCCAACAGCUUCUCCACCGCCGAGCUGCACUACUCCUCCCACCCGGCGUCGGGGCGACGGAGUAGCACCCACGGCAACGGACGUGUCUGACACCUGUAUUUAAACAUGUCGAUGAAAAGAAACUCGUGAAGGACCCGGGGUGGGGUGGGGUUUAUGCUUUCUAGCGGAGUAUCCCUUUAAGCCGUGUGGUAGACUGAAGCCUUACUGUGGUGGUGACUGGCCGGCCAGCAGGGGGCACUUACAGAGGUGGAGCGGUGAUCAGGUCAGGGUGUUGGAGAUGAAUGUAGAGCGGCCUCAGCUGUCCAGAUCUACCUGUGUGUCCUCAUUGUGUUGUCAAUGUGAGAACAGACUGAAGACUUUCACUGCUUAACUCCUUCACUCACAGGUUUCUGUUUUUGAUGCAGUUGAUGCUUAACACUGAGAACAGAACCCGGUUACUGACAUCAGCAUUAGCCGUUAGCGACAUAACUAACCCUCUCUGUUCUGUUAGGAUUUCACUGAAAUGAAGGCGAAGCUUUCAGGUUCACAGUGCCUUGCAAAAGUAUUCAUGUUCCUGUUUUGCCACAUUCCAGCCACUCGGAUGCAUUCUAUUGGGUUUACACCGGACAGAACAACACAGAGUAUUUCAUAGUUAUUCAACGUUUCAGAUCUAAAGUGUGUGUUGGUGUUCAGGUCAAUGUUGAACCUUCGGCUACAUCAUAAAGUAUUCAGCAGUGUGUCUCCACCAGCUUUAGGCGUCUAGACUAAAAUUAUUCUCUAUCUUUGCAAAAUUUAUGAAGCUCAGUCAAAUCGGACGUCCCACUAGAAGAAAACAUCCAAUCCAUAAGGCCAUGUUAUCAUGUAGGUGGUGUGUUUAGAGUCAUUUACAGUGUGGGGUAUUAGAGUACUGGUCAAAAAUGCAUACAUUUGCAAGGUACUAUAUAUAUAUUUAUAUAUUCUCCUAAACAUUAUGUAACAUAUCAGGAAUCACCAACAAGGUUUGGAGAAUAACUUAAAUUUACUAACGGGCUCUGAAGGCAUCAUCUGGGCUGUUGGUGGAUCAGUCCACUUCCUCAUGAAAUUAUUUCGCGGUUAGCCAGAAUCACAGAACUGCAUGUCUGCUGCAGUGUGUGUGUGUGUGUGUGUGUGUGUGUGUGUGUGUGUGUGUGUGUGUGUGUGUGUGUGUGUGUGUGUGUGUGUGUGUGGAUGGUGUGUUACCUCCGGCCGUGUUUCUGGACCUUUGAGCCAACGUGAAUCAUGUGUGCGUCUUUUUAAUGCGGUAACUUUUCUACUCUUACAUUGAUGUGCUUUAACCAAACUCGACUCAGAACCAAACUGAACCUCACUCUAACAUGUCUCUGUGGACCAAAUGAUCGUCACAUGCCAAAAAUAGAGAGUUGCACAGAAAGCAGCAAGAGGAAGACGUGUCCAAAGUAUUAGGAAUAAAUGAUGUGACGUUCCACAAUCUCAGUUCAGUAACAGUACAAACCUGGCCUUGCAGCAUAUGGAGGUGGUGCAGAUGGACACUUUUUGAAGUUUCUUUAGCACAAGUAUAACAGAACAUGUUAAGUGUACACAAAGAAUUGUUUUCAUUAGGCUUUUCUCUGCCUUCACAAACAUACAAACAUCCAGCGACGUUCUUUUAUAAAAGUCACAUAUUUCAUAAAUAAAGCUGCGGUAUGUAACUUUUAGAAAGGAAUGUUUUUUUUUAAAAUUAUUUGUGGAAGCUAUCACUAUGAUCUGAGACAGACAAUGUGAAAAAAAUCGGGGCAUUUUUGCAGACCACAACAGUAGCUCUCUGAGGACAUGGAGUUCAAUUUUUGUCACAGAUUAUCUGUCUCAUAACAUGAAGUCAUGACAUGGUGACAGUUUUAAUGAAUAUGGAAGAAAAACACUUUGUAAAAGUUAAAUGAAUAGCUUUAGGGGGAAUGUAAUGAUAUAAAAAAUAUAUAUAUAAUUAAAUUACUGUUGUGUAAGUAAUUGCACAACAGUGGAACUGAACAGAUUUACUGUGGAAGAUGCUGGGUUGGUGGCAUUUCAAAGCAUUGUUUUUAACCCCCGGGCUGAAACGCCGCUCUCUCCAUCGCCUCGCUGCCUGAGGCUGAGGCAGCAGAGACUGAGCUGAUGUACUGACUCACAGCCACCACAUGACCCUGACCUGAUAAUGUGUGUGUGUCUGUCUGUGUUUAGGAAGCUUUUUUACCCUCCCGCGAUCGUAAGAGACGGGAUCCAUUUGACACUGCAGGCUCUUUACCCUAUGCGCGGUACAGGGGGAUGGCACUGAACGCGCAUGCGCUUUUACAUAAUCGCCUCCUGUAAUUCGUGCCAAGACUGCGAGGAGGAUGAAAGCAGAAAGCACACAAUGGAGGCAGAGCAAAGGUGAUAACAGGAAGAAGGCGAUGGAACUCACUGCAGAUCAACUUCUGCUGGGUUGUGUUAGUCUGCAGGUGGACCUGCAGGGCUUCAUAAUUGGCUGUGAGCAGUAGACAGAGUGACAGCACCUGCUGGUUCUGGUCUAUUAAUACCAUCCUGACUCACUGGAGGCCUGGGGUCGUGCACUCGUGCAGCUGCGCUCGCGUCCGCCGUGAUUUCCGGCUGCCAGCCGCUGCCGGGUUUAUUUGCUCUCCGACUCAGCGAAGCAGAGAAAUGUUUGGGAGACCUCCACUGAACCUGCAGCGGCGAGGCGAGGCGGCUUUCCAGGAGGACGGGAGGCUUCUGGAGCUCACACAGAGCUGUUCCUCUGCAAUGUUAACCUACCAUGUUGUUCUGGGGGCGCCCGCUGGUGGAGACCGAGAAAACGAUGGCGGUUCACCUUCGCCUCAGGGGCAGCGAGGGAAGACUGGUGGCUGCUGGGGGGACAGUAAUUAGAAAAUUUCCAGUUAAAGUUGAGCUCAUUUUCAGUCAUUUUUCAGUUUAGAGAGAGGAGAAGCAAAAUGAAGUGUGACAAAUGAGAGAGAGAGAGCUCAGUGUUUCAGUAGUGACAGCUACUGAAAAAUGAAUGGAAUCCAAAAACACUGAUAUCAAUGAUUUCUGGAGUGUUUUUCAUUCAAUUUCAACCUACUGAUGCUAAUUUUACCUGAUGUGAGAGAAUACUUCUUUUUAAGUUUUUACAGUUGCAUUUUGCUAUUAGCAUUAAAAACAGCUAAUAGUCUCUUUUCUCUUGAGAACAUGGACGGUUCCAAACCAAGCAACCAAGUCUUAAAUUGUUCAGCCUGUCUGUUAUCUGCUGAUGGAAGCUCAGUGUCAGUUCACCAAUAUGGACGCCCAAAAAAGCCAUGCCGAAGUUCAUACUGGACUUGGAAGCUACCAGUCAGACCUGUGAUGUGUUGGAGAGACGGUGGUGGAAGUAGUGAUAGAACACCCCCUGGUUCUGCGGCACAUCAGAACUCAUAUCAAAAAGAAAAAACGCAUAUAGAAAUCAUUUGGUUAUUCUAAUAACUUUGCUUUAUGUUUUUUCUUUGUUGUAUUACAAAUUUUGUGGGUUUUGGAGCAACUGAAGGAUAUACUUUGGUCAGCCAACGGCAGUUGUUCAGUGGAGGGAUGUCAUGUUGUCACCGACACACUGAAGUGCCUCAGUGACCAGUAGCUGUGCAGCAUUAGCAACAAGGUGUGCCUAAUGUGAAACAUCUCCCAUCUCCAUCAUCAAAUUAAACGCCCUUCGUAAAAAAUGGUAAAUUUCUACAACUCUGAUCCUGAGCAGCCAGAAUGGUUACACUUCACCAGGAGUGGACGCUCAGAGCUGCCAUAGUGCAUGCAACACAAUGUCUGUUUCCGGGGUGUGAUGCCAUUUCCCUUUUCAUCGUGCCAAGACUGAGUUGCCACAGUGGCAGAGAGCUCCUUUACCAAAUGACCAGUCGAUGUCCUGCUCUGUUGGAUCAGUUCAGAAUGACCAGCCAUCGUUCAGCAUGAAUACAGUUUAAAAUCAUCUAGUUCUGGUUGCCAACACAGUACUUGGUGAAGCUGUAGUUUAAUGGUUUUCAAACGUUGGUUAGCUUAACUUUUCGUGUGGCUGCUGGAUGAAAGGCAGACCGAACACAUCUUUAGCUACUUUGACCAUAAAUUCACUCACACAGUGGACAGUGGACUACCAAUCACAUGGUUGGGUUUAAAUUCCCAAAACUCUUGGUGUAAAAAUGUGCAACCCAGGAGAAUCAGAGCAUAUUUCAUCACAGCUGCAGUUCAGUUGUUUUCAUGCUAGAAAAAGCAUCGUCUCUCCAGCUCUCGGACUCUCACACAAACUAACAAACAGUCGCACAUUUUUUGGUUGGACACACGUUCUCUGCAGUAUUUUUGAUUAAAAAAAUAAACCCUGGUCUGCAGCUGAGUGCAGUGCUUUUCUGCCUCAGUGACUGAAUAUAUUUCUGUGUUUCACCUGUAACUGACUGACGCACCCCAACCCCCGAGGCGCCUCGCUGCUAAUCCGUAUGAAAGCAGCAGAUUGACGUGAAACUGUGAGAUCAGUGAGGUUUUUUUCACCCUGGUGAGCUUCCUAUCGGUGAGAUUGUUGUGUUUGCAUUAAUGAUGCACAUUCCUCUCUACUGGUAAAAUAAGAGAUGUCUGUGUUCUCUAAAGCACGACUUAUAUACCAAUCAGCACAAAAGACAGAAGCAAGGAAAUACAUGAAAAGAAAUACAUUUACACAAUUAAGGAAUAGAAACCUUCAAUAAAUUAAUAAAUGAAUGACGCAUAAACAAUAAGCAUCACAGUCUUCGGUUUUUUUUAUGAAGUUUAUUCCAGAAUUAAGGAUCAGCUUAGAUCAUUCUUAGCAUUUCAAAUCUUUCUCUAUUAACUCCAAAAUUGUCGAUUUCUGCAUUUCUGCAUGAAACUAGAGAAAUUUCUAACUCUUUAGUUUCAUGAAGCCAAAUACUGAGUCACUGCAAAUGAUGAUUCUGCAAUAAUACAAAAUAUGAAGCUGCAUGUCAUUAGCCUAGAUAGAGAUGCUGUAAUAUUGCAUAAUCUAACCUGUAGAAAUUGAAUACAAAAGUAACCCAAGAAUGAACUCACAGGAUUUCCACAUCUGACUUUUAUUCAACUCCAAAAUUUUAAUUGCAAAUCCAAUAUUUAUGAUCAGGCACGCGAAAGGCAGUGUCCAGAUUCAAUAAUACACUAAUAUGCAGUUAGGAAACUGUAGAUUUGUCAUUCAGGGUAAAGGGGGAGUCCAGUCUCGGUACUGUUGUUAAAAAUGUCUUGUCACAAAAACGCAUUUAUUAAUUAAAACAAAACUGUACUUGGUCUCUACCAAAAAUGUUAGAUUAGAUAUGAACCUGUCUCUUUUUAUUGGGUCAUUAUUGGGCUUCUUUGAGUGAGGUUUGAUCAUUGCAUGUCAACUAAGUUACCUCACAUAAAUGAGACUUAUUGAUGAUGUUAAUCAUGUUGAUGGCUAUUGACCUUGUUAUUGUGUUGGGAAUUGCAAAUCUGUUCAACUUUAAUCUCACAGCAAACAUGCACACACAGGCACACACACACACACACACACACACACACACACACACACACACACACACACACACACACACACACACACACACACACACACACACACACACACACACACACACACACAGAUGGGAAGCACAUCAAGCUGAGUAAACCAGAAAAUGCAUCUAUGUUGGGAGGAUGAGGUCGGGGUGUUGGGAGGAUGAGGUCGGGGUGCCGCAGCCUCUCUGUUUGCCCUGUGUCUUAUGGACUCGCUGGUUGUGUUCUUCAGUGUGCUGUACGCCGACACAUCUCUGUGCAGACUCAUGCUCUAAUAGACUCACUGGAACGUGGUGUGUAGCUGCCAUCGUGCUGUGGACUAACGUGUGUGAACAUUUUUGAAAUCUGUAACGGUUUUUAGUCCGUGUGUCGCCGUGGCCUCUGCAGGUGUUUGUGUCGACCCGUGUCUACCCUGCUGACCUUUAACCCGGUGUUGUUCCCUCCGCUGUUCUCACAGUUUGUUUUUUUGUAUAAUUAAAGAACAAAAGAAGAAGCAAAGCUAUUUAUUGAAGUGUGUUUAAAUGACAAAUAAAUAUAAUGAAUUAACUAGAUCUUGUUUUUAUUUUAAAGCUACUGUGUUUUCUAUCUGAUAGAAAUAAUCAAAUAUAACAAAAGUAUUUAUUCCAGAAUGAUAAGAAUAAAGUUCUUUUUUUUCCUCAA